AUGCCGGCACUGGGAGAUUCCGUGGGGAACUCGGCAAACUUUCGGACCUGCAGAGGUCCGCCCAUCUCACAUGGCGACCCUUCGACGGUGUUGGAAUGCCAAGCGGCCGAUGAACCUCGGGACAACGUUGGCAAGAGUAUGGAAGGAAUGCCCUUGAAUGUUCUGGCAAUGAAGAGAAUCUUUGAGGUCUCCCUUGAGCUUUCCAUCGAGAAGGAAGAGGAGCCAGCAGAAGUUCCAGACGCAGAUCCCUCCACUCCAUUGAGUAGUGCUCUGCAGAAGCAGAAGGCCUCCAGACCACCACAGGUCCCGCGAUUGGAUCUAUCAAUGGUGCACAAGAAAGGAAGUCGAAGUGACUCCGACAAUCUGAUGAAGCACGAGUGGAAGGCUGGAAGGGUGCACGGAAAGCCGAGCUCUUCAGCACCUGAUGAGGCUCACAGGGCUGGCUUUGCUUUCGCCAGUGCUGAGGACCAGCAACGAAUAGCUGAGUUCUAUGGCUACCGAGACGAGGGCUUCAUUGCGACGAUGAACAGCCUUCGCACGGACAUGAUCAGACCUCACCUGUACGUUGGAAACAUGGCCGAUGCAGCCUAUUGGCCUUUGCUGAAGAGGCUUGGAAUUACCCACGUGAUCAAUUGCUCGCUGGAGGCACAAAAAGUACCUCCGGCCUACGAAUCCAAAGGCAUCCAGUACUUGUUGCUGCCCUGGCAAGACCGGGAAGAAGAGGCUCAAAGCUUGACGAGGCAGAGAUUUCGGAGCUUGCGAGGGGCAACUCAAUACAUCAAAAGCACUUUGAAGGCAAAGAAUGCCAGCAAUACACUUCUUGUGCACUGUGUGCAGGGGGUGUCUCGCAGCCCUGCUCUGGUUUGCGCGUACCUCAUGGAGUAUGAAGGUCUGUCAUUGGACAAAGCCCUAUCUGAGGCGCCUCGUCCAGUCGCCAAGUUGCCAUUGAACUUUUACAACGGUGACAUGUGCAGUCGAAGCACAAAGGUUGCCUCGCGUCGCAACACUGGCAGGAUCUGCACGCUGCGGGCCGACCAAAAGCUGUGGAUGAGUGAGAUGCGAGAUGGGAAUACUGGCUUAUCUGCUAAAGCCACUGAGUUUGUGCCUGGAUGCGGAGGCACUUUCCAGGCCCUGUCGUCAAAGGCGACAGAAUAUGUUCCUGUCUCCGACUUCAAGCCGGAAGGUGCUGGUCAGCCUUGGGGAUGGAAUGGUGGACGCUGGAACGCUGAGAUGGCCAGCAACGGCAUUGCUUGGGGAGGGACCCGGCAAGACUGGGGCUAUUACAAUGGCUACGGAGAUCCAAAUCUUGCGUGGCAAGGCCAAGGAGUGGGUGGGGUCGGUGCUCAAGGUUGUGUGUUCAAUGAGGACGCCUACUCCACCGAUUCAUCGGAGAGCAGUUCAGAGCCAGAAGAGGAGGAGGAUGUCGACGAGCCGAAACCAUCCCAAGGUGCUGACCAUGCAGGUGCCCCGGAUCCUGGGGUCUUGGAGGUUCCUGGUGGCACUUCGGCUUUGCAGAGUCUAACUAGCACAGCUCCCGUGGAGGAGAUUCACGAUCAAGACUCCGACAGCGAUGAAUUCAAUUCCUUUUCCGAGGACGAGCCCGAGCUGGACAUCGGAAAGGACGCCACAGAGAUGACUCGAGGAGGCACUCAAAGCAGUGUACAGCAGAGUCAGGUGAACGGCGCUGAUCAGACUCGCAAGUAUGACCUGGACUUGAUGCUCGCUGUCAGGCGUGCUGUCGGAGCCGAGUUUAGCAGUGGAACCAGUGAUUCGCUUCCUCGCUGGAGCACUCAGGCAGAUCUGGAGAAGCCUCCAGACUGGCUUCUGAGAAGAAGUGCAGAGUCUGAGACGAGAGAGGAGAGCAAUGGCAAGGAUUGGCGAUCGCGUUCAAAAAGUCAGAGCCGGCGGAGUGGACAGGAGAAGCCUCAGAAAAGCGAAAAGCCUGAGGCGCCCGUACGAGCUCCUCCCAAACUGGAGGUUAGCGACACUUCUUGGGCAGCUCAAGUGGCCAAAAGGAAGGCCGAGCUGAACAAGGAAAGCUCGGAUGAUGUUUUUGUCAAGGGCAUCCGGUCUACACUCAACAAACUGACUGUCGAAAAAUUCGAGACACUGUCGGACCAGAUUAUCGAUCUCAUCGCGCAGUCGAAUCGACCGAAUCACGGCAUUCCUCUUCUCAUGCAGCUGGUUUUUGAGAAGGCCACUACGCAGCAUCACUUCAUCAACAUGUACGUUAGCUUAUGUGUCAAGCUUCACAAGUGGCUCACUGACAACAUGGAUGUUGCAGAGUCGCAAAGCAACUUCAAACGGGUACUGCGUAAUCAGUGCCAGACAUCUUUCGAGCAGUAUUUGGAGCCUCCUGAGGGCUUCGAUGGUUUGACCGGCGAUGAGCUCUACGAAGCACAGGUCCGGUACAAAACCAAGAUGCUUGGAAACAUUCGUCUUGUGGGUCAGCUGAUCCGACAUGGUAUGUUGGCUCCCAAGAUCGCCAUAGCAGUUGCCUCCGAGUUGGCAGGCGAUGAUCCAGCAGUCCGCGGAGAGCGACUUGAAACUCUGGCAACUUUCCUUGAAACAGUUGGAGUGGCUCUGGACGAUCCAAGCUGGAAGCAUCACGGAGAACUCCAAGCGGUUUUCACAGAGGUCGAACGUGCUUCUGCUGACAAGAGCGUCCCCCGUCGAGUUCGCUGCCUGCUUCAGGAUGUCCUGGACCUUCGAAAAGAAGGGUGGAAAUCGCAAAGGCGAAAGGAUCUCUCCAAGGAGACUCCUCAAACCCUCGCUGAAGUACAUGAAAAGGCGAAAGCUGACCAAGCUCCUAAGAAAGAGAUAAUGAGAAGUAUGUCAUACAGAUAG